CAGUUUUAAUAGUCGUCCAUUAUGGGUGGAAAUCCAUCGGGUAAGAAGUGUCAGAAGAGGGAAGGCUUAAAUAGCCAGAUCCAAUCGCAGGUGGAUUGCAAGGCCCACCCUUUUGACUGGAAAAGACGUGCAAAGGAAGAAUUGGGUGAAACACCUGAAAUUCGAACUAAGGCUUUGAAGGAAUUAUCAGAAAAAGUCAGACAGAUAGAAAAUUUCAAUCCGCGUGUGGACGAGAACUUUCUACUGCGGUUUCUUCGUUCAAAAAAGUUUGAUGUCGAGAAGGCCUACAAAUCCUACAGGAAGUUCCAUACAAUUAGGCUUAUCGACCCCGCAAGAUACCUUCCGGUGGGCGUUGGUCCGUUACGAUACAAGCCCGCUUUUGACUUAGCUACGGGAACUCAACUCGAACCUUACAACCCCAUCGAUGGCGCUUUCAUAGUCAUUUGGCGAGUUGGCAAAUGGAGCCCCGAGUGUGGCUUUGAUCUAAGUGACAUAUUUACCCCAACAGCUAUGGGUGGCGACUUUAGACUACGCCAAGACCAAGCGCAAGUUGCCGGUUGUCAUAUGGUGGUGGACUGUGGGCAAAUGCAGCUGUCGUAUAUACGAUACUUCCCAUUUUCGGCCAUAAGGGCCCUGAUCAUGACUAUUCAAGAUGGCUAUCCGUGUCGCUUCAAAGGCUUCCACGUCAUUAACCAAUCUUCAUUAUGGGAUUACGUCUGGGCAGUUGCGCGACCUUUUCUCAAAGAGAAGAUUAAGAAGCGUGUAUAUCUGCAUGGUUCAAAUAUGGCAUCACUUCACAAACAUGUUUGUCCAUCAGUCCUUCCAGAAGAAUACGGAGGCCAGGCUGGCCCAUUCAGUUGGUCCUGGAUAACCAGGAACUUGUAUGAGCGCAAUGAUGAAUUCAUUAGGCUCAGCCGGUAUGGGUAUAUCACAAACAAAGAAGACCAACUGGAUUUGCAAGAAAGUAACAAGGAAUAUUGGUCGGUAGCGUCCUGCACCUCGGACGAGAAUACUGCUCAACAUUGCAAGGAAUAACAACGUACUAUUAUUAAAGUAUUAGGAGAAGAUUGAAACGUAAGUUGUUCCACGAUUACGUUUUUCCAAUUCAAUACUCGGGUAAUCGGGUAAUAUAGUUAAUCAGCGGAGUAAGAAAUGAAUGAAUUGAAUUCAAAUCGGUGAGCGCCGAUGCACAACCAUAAAAAUAAGUCCGAUCAUUCAGCACAAAUAUUACUGAAAUAUAUAUUGAUGUCGAUUUUGUCCGCUCAAUCUGAACGAUACGUUACUUAGCUUGUAUAGCGCCUAUAAAUUCCGCAACGAAAGAGCAAUACUUAUACGUUUUUUGAUAGAAAUCUUGAAAUUUUGAUUAUUUAAAGUUGAGGCUGUUCAUACGAAAUCAUAACUUAUUGCAGAGCUGAGCCUGCUGUAGAGGAU